AUGGUUGAUGUUGAUAACCUGGAAGCACAUGAUAUUCAUCUGAAGGAGGCCAUGAUCUUUCAAGGAUGGCAAGCGUUCUUCUAUGGUUUGUGUGGACCAAUUUAUCCAGAUUUGAUGAAAGAUUUCUGGGUUCAUGCAACUGUCAUGCCAAAGGCCUUUCUCUCUAUUGUUCAUGGUGAACUUUUCUCCAUUACAGAAAACCUUCUAAGGAAGUUGUUUGGGUUGGAAACCGUUGAAGGUGUUUCUGGAGCUGUUCCAGGUAGAAUAGAGUGGGAGGUUGUGUAUGAAGAAAUCUUCAAGAACGGAGUAGAAUCUACAGAAAUCAAGGAACUGAAGCCUUCUUACAGAGUUUGGGCUAAGAUUCUUCUGGGUUGCAUCUACCAAAGAAAGGCAACAGUUUCUUCAAACUAUGUCAACAAGGACCAACAAUACAUUUUGUAUUGUAUUAGUAAACAGGAAAAGGUGGAUCUUCUGUUCAUCAUAUUCAACCACAUGUGGCAUCAUGUGAAGGAAUCCAGAGAUGAAUUCAGAAAGAAGAAUCCCAAGUGCAAGAGAAACAUUAUUCCUUUUGGAAGAAUCAUUACAAAUCUUCUACUUCAAACAAAAAUAGUUGAGGAUCUGGAGAAAGCUAGCAUUACCAAGAAUCCUUAUACAAUGAUUGGAAGCACCAUAAAUGCUCAUACUCUGAAGAAGAUGGGCUUAAUUGAGACUAUUGGUGCUACUCUAAAUGUGAACACUGAAGUUUGGUCCAAAAAAGCUCUUGCUCUGGCUGACUUUGAGUUGUUCUUCAGAAAUGAACAUCCAAAAGUUGUUGUCCAAUACAUUGCUAUGCACAAGUCGGAAGAAGCUCCACCAAAUUUUUCACCAAAAAAAGCCCCAGCUAACCCUCCUCCAACCACCAAAAUAUCUAACCCUCCAUCUUCCCCCAAGUCUAAAGGCAAAAAGCCUAUUCUUGAUUCUGAACCUCCUGUUUCUGAACCUCCUGUUUCUGAACCAAUUCUUGAACCCACACCUCUAAACACCAUCAUUCCUCCUCAUGCCAUAAUCUUUAUUUCUCAACCUCCUUCUCAUUCCAACUAUGAACCUGUUGACACUGCUGUGUUAUUUCACCUCCCCUCAUCAGAAUCCUCUCUUUCUGAUUCUUUCAUCCGCCUCAUGCAAUCCUAUAAUCGUAAAAACAAACCAUCUUCUGACCCCGUUGUCGUAGUCUUAGACUCAGACAAUGAAGCUGAAUCCUCUUGUCAACCAUCCUCUUCAUAA